CACGGUACUAGCGGCGAUGGAAGCGCUAUCAGCAGAGAAGUGGUCGCUGUGUUUGGACAACGAGGGACGUGUCUUGGAUCAGUACAACGUACGGAAAAUAGUUUUUCACAAGGGAAUAUGUGAAGAUAUACGACAUGAAGUUUGGCCAUUUUUGCUGGGGUAUUACCCGUUCAAUUCAACCAGCGAAGAAAGAAAGAGAAUCGAUGACGAGAAAAGGGUAAGGUAUGAGUCUUUGCUGGCAUCUUGGAGCAAAUCCAACAACUUUGAAGAGUUUGAUGACAAUUUUGCAGAGGAUGCAAAAAUUAUCGAGAAUGACAGCAGGCGAACCGAUAGGACUUCAGAUUUCUUCAGCGAUGAAAACAUUCACAACGUACACGUUCUUGAAAGAUUACUGAAGACUUUUGCAUUACUCAGACCUGAAAUAGGCUAUGUCCAGGGAAUGAGCGACAUUAUGGCCCUACCGCUGAUGGUUCUAAAUAAUGAGCACCAAACCUUCUGGUGCUUUGAUUCCAUCAUGAAAACAGUGCAGGGAAGAGUCUUUGCUGAUUUAACCCUUUCAGAGCCACUGGAGGACCUUGCUAAACUGUGCCGACACGUAGACAAGCCUCUUUUUGACCAUCUCGACCACAUAUACGAAGGAGAUCAGUGGCUUUUUGCAUACAGGCUGGUUCUACUUAAUUUCAAGAGGGAACUUUCGAUUGACGGUUGCAGCAGACUCUGGGAGUGUUACUGGUCCUGCCACGCAACUCAACACUUUCCACUCCUCUUCAAAACCUCGCUUCUUCUGCACUUCAGGGACACUCUCCUCAAGUACACUGACUUCGAGCAACUCAUGCAAUUCUCGCAGAACCUCAGAGGCAAGAUACCAGUGAAUGAGGUGCUCUCCCAAGCCAUAGACCUCCUAGAUCAGCUCAAAUCUGACGAGUUGUGCCCCCAUGAUAUUAAGGUCCAGAGGGACCAAAUCUGGAGGGCUCUAUUUGGAGACACUCCCCUGCAAUCUAUCACUUCACCGUUUAUGCUCUCGCCACCCGAAACCUCAGACUCAGUGAGGAGUUCCAAUUGGAACACACCUCGCAAUGAUUCUAAUUGGAACACACCUAACUACACAACAAAUGGGCCACACUCUAGCCUUAGUUUCGACUCUACAAGUAGUGGAGAGCGACAAACUACUUCCCUCUCCCCACGAGCUCGUGCUCCACCGAAAGUGGGGUUUAUCCCGAGAGGGACAAACAGCUAUCACCUUCGAGAGGACAUCAGAAGAAUACGGUUGUCAAGUGCUUACAGUGAAAGUUCCUUCACUGAUGACUCGCUAACUGAAACAGAUGUAGUACGCAGCAACGGCAGUGCUACGAACAGCUGCACUGUUUCAGUUGAUGCUCACCAAAUUCCACUUUCAAAUCCCACCUGCGAAAAUGAAAGUGACAGGGUGGGGGAGUUUGAAAACCAAUCUCAUGGUUGUAACCAGCUGAGCCACAACAACUUUCGCUCCACGUCAUCCGGCCACCUGCCCAGCAAUGACUCAACCAAUCAGGCAGCUUGCUACGGCAAUUCUCAGUUUGACUCCCUUCGUUCUGAAGCAGAACUUCCCUGUUUUUAACACUAACCCCCUAUUGUUAUUAACACUAAACCUCCUGUAAUUAUUUAUGGGAUGUCAUUAUGAAUAUUUCUUUACGUUGACACCUCUCUAACUCUAUGGACACCCCUUGAAACGAGGUCACCUUUCUAAUACAGAAGCCUUUUCUCUCCCCCAAUUUCUUGCAUUCAUGAAUUUAAACCACUCUAUAUAAUAAGGAGACCUCACUCAGGAUUUUUUGACGACUGAAGA